AUGCCAGAACCCUCCCCAUCCCUCUCAACCCUCAAAAGCACAGCUGUUGUAUCGGGGUCAUUCCUCUCUGGAGCAAUGAUAACCCUUAGCACAAUAACCGUCCCCGUCCUGCUCGACACAACAACGCACCCACCGCAGCUCCUGCACCAAUGGGUCCGGACAUACCACUACGGGCACAUUUCCCUGCCUACAAUAUCCAUCGCCACUGCAAUAUUGUACUUCUACAUCGCGGCUUGCCAGAGCUCGCGGAGUAAGCCGUGGCGUAGGGCUGCGCUUGUGGGGGUGCUCACCGUUAUCAUGGUCCCGUUUACGUGGGUGUGCAUGAGUCCGACGAAUGAUGUGCUUUUUGGUUUACAGAGGGAGAGUCAGAUAAGGGGGUUGAAUCAGACUCAGAUUGAGGGUUUUGGGGAUGGGAAUGCGACUGGGGCUGGGAUUGAGGGUGAUGUAGCGACGCUGGAGGGCGUGACGGAGUUGGUUGUGCGAUGGGGGUGGAUGCAUCUCGUCAGGAGUCUGUUUCCGCUUGCGGCUGCUGUUGUUGGGCUUGGGAUUUGUGUUUGA